AUGGCGGACAGCGGAAGCUCGGACAGCGUGCAAGUUGCUAAAGAUCAGUCACUUCAGUUGAGCAGCAGCGACCCCAAGGGUGCUGCCGGACACCACCUCGAGAAGGGCGUCUCGCACGCAGAACAUGUUGACCUCAACCGGAACCUCGAGGCCAGGAUCAGAAACCCUCUCGAAGGGAUCCCAGAAGAUGAGCUCAUGAGCCGCGUCGAGGCGUUCGCCCAGGAGAAGGGCCUCACAGAGCAUCUUCCCUUGCUUCGAAAAGGCGCCCUCGUCGCCCAGGAUCCCAAUGCGUUUGAGGACAUCACCGGCCCCAAUGCCUUGAACGAAGAUGAAAAGGAGGCUCUCCGCCACGAAAUAAAGUACAAAUGGCGCCUUCCCAUGAAGCUUUUCCUGACCAUCGCCACCUGUUCGAUCGGCGCUGCAGUUCAGGGCUGGGAUCAGACGGGCUCCAACGGUGCCAACAUCUUCUUUCCCAAGUUCUACGGCAUCGACGGCACGGACACUCGCAACACGCUCCUUGUUGGUCUCGUCAACGCCGGUCCCUACAUUGGCAGCGCUUUCAUCGGCUGCUGGCUCUCGGAUCCCAUCAACAACCUACUUGGCCGCCGCGGUGUCAUCUUCGUCUCGGCACAUUUCUGCUGCUGGCCUGUCAUCGGAUCCGCCUUUUGCCACACAUGGCCACAGCAGCUGGCCUGCCGACUUCUCAUGGGCAUCGGCAUGGGCGUCAAGGCCUCAACGGUGCCCAUCUAUGCUGCUGAGAACUCCCCCGCCGCCAUCCGUGGAGCGCUCGUCAUGUCUUGGCAGAUGUGGACCGCCUUUGGCAUCUUCCUCGGGACAGCCUUCAAUCUGGCCGUCUUCAACACCGGUGACCAUAUCAACUGGCGUCUCAUGUUGGGCGCUCCCUUUAUUCCCGCCGUGCCCCUCAUGCUCCUCAUCUACUUCUGCCCCGAGUCACCUCGCUGGUACAUGAAAAAGAACCGAUACGCCGAAGCCUGGAGAUCCAUGGCCAGGCUCCGCCACCACCCGCUGCAGGUGGCGCGUGAUAUCUUCUACAUCCACUCCCAACUCGAGCUCGAAAUCCAGCUCCUCCGCAACAGCAGUUACAUCCAACGCUUUGUCGAGCUUUUUACCGUCCCCCGCAUCCGCCGCGCCACUCUAGCUGCGUUUACAGUCAUGAUUGCCCAGCAGAUGUGCGGCAUCAACAUCAUAGCCUUUUACUCUUCAACCGUGUUCAAAGAGAGUGGAUCAACCGACUUCCAGGCCCUCCUCUCGUCCUUCGGCUUCGGCCUCGUCAAUUGGCUGUUUGCCUUCCCCGCCUUCUGGACUAUUGACACGUUCGGCAGGCGCUCCCUCCUCCUCUUCACUUUCCCCCAGAUGACGUGGACCCUCCUCGCGGCCGGCCUGUGCACGCUGAUGGACCAGGGCACCGCCCGCACCGCGCUCGUCGCCCUGUUCGUCUACCUGUUCGGCGCCUUCUACUCCCCCGGCGAGGGGCCCGUCCCGUACACGUACAGCGCCGAGGUCUUUCCCCUGUCGCACCGAGAGGUCGGCAUGGGGUUUGCCGUUGCGACCUGUCUGUUCUGGGCGGCCGUGCUCAGCAUGACGUUCCCGUUCAUGCUCGCAUCGACGGGCACGGUGGGCGCGUUUGGCAUUUACGCCGGGUUUAACGUGGUGGCGCUCAUCAUGAUCUUCUUCUGGGUGCCCGAGACCAAGCAGCGCACGCUCGAGGAGCUGGAUUAUGUGUUUGCUGUGCCGACGGCCAGGUUCACGAGGUACCAGCUCACGCAGACCCUGCCGUGGUUUCUGAGGCGGUGGGUGCUGUGGCAGAGGAAGGCGGAGCUCAAGCCGCUGUAUGAUCAGGACAAGGUGGGUAGGAAGCAUAAUAAGCAGCAGGGGGCGGUCGCGGCGGAUGCUGCUGCUGUUGAGCAGUGA